AUGUAUAACAAUUCGAAAAGACAGAAAAAAGUGACGGAAAAUAGCACGACGGAUUACGAUUAUUACAUAGAUGAAAGUCUAGAAAGUGAUGAUAAAGAUGAGUAUGAAAAUGAUUAUGAGAAACCCGAAAUAAGUUCUCAUUGGUACGAUUAUGAGGAAGAACUUACCACGGAAUCAACGACAAUCGGUUUAGAAUUAAGUACUUUGUCUGACGAUGAUUAUUUUAUCUUACAAUUAUCAAGUACCUUAACUAGUACAUUACCAACUGAAGUGACGGAGACAAGCACAGCUGAUUAUGAUUAUUUCAUAGAUGAUACUUUAGAGAGUGAUGAUAAAGAUUAUUCUGAGUAUGAUUAUGAGGAACCCGAAAUAAGUACUUAUUGGUAUGAUUAUGAGGAAGAAUUUACUACAACACCAACGACAAUCGAUUUAGAACAAUUACAAAUCGAAGAAACUUAUACUUUAACGAGUGAAGAAAUUGUUGUUACUCCUUCUGUUACAUUAUUAUCAAUAAUUGAAACUACGCGGACUACAGAAUUAAGAGAGACAACUUUGAGCUUUGCAAUCACAGAAACAUCAACAUUUGUAACUACAGUAUCUAUUACUGAAUUAACAACAACAGAAAUUACGGAAACGUUAUUACCUGCAGUGACUACAAAAUUUACGAUUUAUACUACUAUUUCACCUAGUACAAUUUCAGAAAGCACAACAGAAUUAACAACUAUAACAAUGGAGUACACAAGUACUUUGGUAUCUACUACAGAAGUUACAAUUACAGAGACAUUACCAUUUUUAACUAUCGAAGAAACGACAACGUGGAUAGAAAAUAUAACAGAACCAUCAUUAUUUGAGGAAAGCGAAAUAAUUACAACAAUCACUUUUACAUCGACUGAAUUAAUUACAACUCCUUAUACUACGUUUACCUUUACUCCUGAAAUUACAACGACGGAAAUAAUUACAAAUGUAACGACAGAAGAAUUUCCAACAAGUACAGAAACAUUGCCAACUUCAACGGAAACUACAUAUAUUUAUACAGUUUCAUCUUUAGAAACAUCAACCGCUAUAACAGAAAGUGAAACUUACUUUUUCGUAACAACAACGGCAACAUUCGUUACUUACGAUAUUGAUAGGACAAUUCCUGAAACAUUCGAAACAACCACUCCGUUACCUUUUAUAGUGCCGACCGAAAUUACCACAUUAACCGAAGAAAUCUCGGAACCGACAAGCACAACACCGUUAUCAAUUUUAUCAAUUCCCGAAGAAAGUACAUUUCCAGUUUCCGAAACUACAUUUAUUUCUUCGACAGAAACUACAUAUACUUAUACAGUUUCAUCUUUAGAAACAUCAACUGCUAUAACAGAAAGUGAAACUUACUUUUUCGUAACAACAACGGCAACAUUCGUUACUUACGAUAUUGAUAGGACAGUUCCUGAAAUAUUCGAAACAACCACUCCAUUACCUUUUACAGUGUCAAUCGAAAUUACCACAUUAACAGAAGAAAUCUUGGAACCGACGAGUACAACACCGUUAUCAACUUUAUCAAUCCCCGAAGAAAGUACAUCUCCAGUUACCGAAACUACCUUUACUUCUUCGACGGAAACCACAUAUAUUUAUGUAGUUUCAUCUGUAGAAACAUCAACAGCUGUAACAGAAAGUGAAACUUAUUUUUUCGUAACAACAACGGUAACAUUCGUUACUUAUGAUAUUGAUAGGACAGUUCCUGAAAUAUCCGAAACAACCACUCCAUUACCUUUUACAGUGUCAAUCGAAAUUACUACAUUAACAGAAGAAAUCUUGGAACCGACAAGUACAACACCUUUAUCAAUUUUAUCAAUCCCCGAAGAAAGUACACCUCCAGUUUCCGAAACUACAUUUAUUUCUUCGACGGAAACUACAUAUAUCUAUACAGUUUCAUCUUUAGAAACAUCAACUGCCAUAACAGAAAGUGAAACUUAUUUUUUCGUAACAACAACUGCAACAUUCGUUACUUACUAUAUUCAUAGGACAGUUCCUGAAAUAUUAGAAACAACCACUCCAUUACCUUUUAUAGUGCCAAUCGAAAUUACCACAGUAACAGAAGAAAUCCUGGAACCGACGAGCACAACACCGUUAUCAAUUUUAUCAAUCCCCGAAGAAAGUACAUCUCCAGUUUCCGAAACUACAUUUAUUUCUUCGACGGAAACCACAUAUAUUUAUGUAGUUUCUUCUUUAGAAACAUCAACUGCUAUAACAGAAAGUGAAACUUAUUUUUUCGUAACAACAUCGGAAACGCUUGAUACUUACUAUACUGAUGAAUUGCUAGAUCUCGAGAUUACAAUUAUUCCUUCGACAGAAAUUACAUCUACUACGUUGGAGGAGGAAAUCUCUACGUUAAUAACAACACCUGUAAUUGAUGUAACUCAUCAUGAAAAGACUUCGUUUAUACCUUUCUCUGAAGCCUAUACGUCAACACCCAUAUCAUUUUUACAAACUGAUACGACAAUUCAUGAAAAACUGAAAGCGGAAACAGAUAGUUCAGAAUAUGAAGAAUUCUAUGAUGAAGAAUAUGGUAAAGACUAUAAAGAAUCAUAUGAGGAAGAUGAAUAUGAAGAUGAGGAGAAAGCUAGCACAAUCUGGUAUGAAUACGAAGAAGAAGAAGAAGAAACGACGAUGUUCGAUCGAAAAACUACGAAAUUUAAAACUACCAAGAUUAUCGAGAAGGAAACAAGCAAGAUCACUGAGAAUAAAACUGUCCCGAUAGUUUCAUUGACUACGAAGCCUAUCUUAACGGAAAUGGAAACAAUAACGACAAGAGAAGAAUAUGAAACAUCAACGACAAUUUCUGAAACAAUCAAAGAUUUCGAAAGAACAUUGACGACAAAAUCGUUAACACCUUCGAUUCCUACCAUCGAAGAGUUUACCCUAACUUCAGAUAAAGUAUUAACUUACACGACAGAACACUUAGAAUGGUGGGCUGAGAAAAGUACUCUUAAAAAACACGAUCAUACAGGUACGCUUGAAAUUGAACCAAAAACCAAAUUAGAUGUAACUCUUCCGAAAUUUAUUGUCUCGCCAGAUGAAACAACAAUAGAUUUGUUUACUGAAAAAGAAACGAUUACACAGACUAAAAUAUUUCCAACAAUAACUGAUAGCAGUAUAUAUUAUGAAACAACUACUGACGAAGAAACUAAAUUAUUUGUUACUGAAGGCGAAGAGACGGAAUUGUAUUUUACAACAUCUUCUGAUUUCGUGUCCUUAUUGACGACAGAUGAUAUUUUAAAAGAGGAAGAACAAACUAGGAGAGAGAUGGAAUGGAAAGAGGAAACAAAGACGGAAAUGGAGGAGAAACAAAAGCAAGAAUUUACACCUAUUAUUGAUACUACUUAUCCUGAUAUUUUUCUUAAAUCGCUUCCUGACGAUAUCGAAACGAGCGAGGUAUCAGAAACGAUCGAGACAACAUCAUUCGAUAGUACCAUAUACGAUUUUACUGUACCGCAAUAUACUACUAUCGAAUCUAUUACUUCUGAAUCUUUGCUAAUGAAGCAGGAUUUCGAAACGAAGGUAAAAAAUUUAAAGGAAGAGCGGGAUAGAAAGCAAAAGGAAUUAGAGGAAUUGGAAAAACGUUUGAAAGAGAGAAAGGAGAAAUUCGAAAAGGAAAAGGAAAAGUUCAAAGAUGAUUUACGAAAUGGAUUUGAGGAUGAAACGAAGGAUGAAGUCACUCCAUUAUUUAAAACGAUUGAAGAAAGAACCACUGAUGAGGAUGAGGAUGAAGAUGAGGAUAUUCCACACAGAUUGGUUUCACGAAUAUGGGCGAGUACCAUCAAACCUCCUGUUGAGUCCGAAAAAUUUACACCUUCACCACCAACAGAAAGAACCACACCAAUAUUUCGAGGUUUCAAUAGAGUGGCUAUAAUACCUGAAAAAUGCGACAAAAAGAAAAUCGUAAAGGGAAAGGAAUAUCCAAGGAUGUUAACAAGAGAUGAUAACUAA